AGUUAACUAACAAGGAAAUACAAAUAUGAGAAUAAAAGAUACAACAUACAACAAAAUUGGAAAAUGUGUGCGUUUGCCACACAGGGUAUUAUUAAAUCAAACUGAGGCACUAGAGAUGAAGCUUAAAUGUAGUAUUGCCUUCACUACAGAGGGAGGCGAUAGUCAGCUCAACUUGUGUAAGUGCAACGUUCUGUAAGACAAGAGAAGAAGACACGCGGCAAACAUGGCUGCGUACAUGAGAAGCAUGAUAUGUCUUGUUUCCAUUGAGCGAAACGUUUUUCUACACUCCAGGGGAAGUGGUGUUAUUGUGGAAACCAAGCGGUAUGUACGUGGACUGAGGAGGAAACCUGUCCGAGUGUUGUUCCCUGGAAACGAGACGGAUCAAGACCUCAAACCUCGGCCGGCAGCAGGACGAGACGUCAGCAGGGAGAAGGAGCAAAAAGUCAAAACUGCAAUAAAGCAUCCUGAAGUAGACUUUGUUAAAGCUAGGAGUAAUGUGCAAGCAACUACAAAACAUGCUCAAGUUAUUAGUACAAAGGAUCAUAUUGAUGGACUGCGCUUCGAGAGGGCGUUCCCUGGAGAUAAAAGACUGGGGAAGUUAGUGAGUGUCGCUCGUUCCAGGACAUUUCGGGAGCACCAGGGUAAAAUCCUCCUGGAAGGCAGGCGUUUGAUCUGUGACGCCCUGAAUGCAGGAGCCAACCCACAGAUGGUGUUCUUCAGUACCGCAGAUCGUCUCAGAGAGCUUCCCUUAGACAAGCUGAAAAGGGCCACGCUGGUCAAGGUCAAAUUUGAGGACAUCAAGACAUGGUCUGACGUUGUGGCCCCACAAGGAGUUAUUGCAAUAUUUUCUCGUCCAGAGCCGUCACGGUUGAACUUCGGUAGUAGAGGUCAUUCGGUGCCAUUGUCCUUGAUAUGCGACAACAUCCGAGACCCUGGCAACCUUGGCACUAUGUUGCGAUGUGCUGCUGCUGCUGGCUGCAAUGAUGUCCUGCUCACCAAAGGUUGUGUUGAUGCUUGGGAGCCUAAAGUUCUUCGUGCAGCCAUGGGCGCCCAUUUCCGCCUUCCCAUCUACCAGAGCUUGGGCUGGGAUGAUAUGGAGAAACACCUACCUAAAGCUGUGACUGUCCAUUUGGCUGACAGCAGCUGCGGCGCUGACAGAAGUAAAGAAACAAAGGAUGUACAAGUUAACGUGUCCCACAAGACGCUCAAAGCAGGAGACUAUGGCUGGUUGAGCAAAAGGUCUAAUCAAAACAAAGUUCGCUAUGAGGAAUACGAUUCUGACACGGACUCAGAUUGUGAGGAGGGGGCACUUCCCAGAGUGGACUCAAAGCUGUACCAUGAAAGCUGGGCUCAGAGUCCAACUGCUCUUGUGAUAGGCGGAGAGACACAUGGUCUGAGUGUAGACGCAGAACAGCUGGCUGAGAAAACUUCCGGUCACAGGCUCUUUAUUCCUGUCGCUCCGGAUGUGGACAGCUUGAAUUCAGCCAUGGCUGCCAGUAUCCUUUUGUUUGAGGGCAGGAAGCAGCUGUUGAAACUCACCUAGGCACCUGGAAGGAAUUGUACAUCCAAAGCAGAGCAACAAUUUUCACGACAGCUCUAAAUGUCAGUGUGUUACAUCUUGUGUCAAUUUGUGUUUGUUACUACAGACUGAGUUCAAUCAACUAACUUCCAUUCUACAUCUUGUCCUGCUAAUAAAAAACAGAAUGUUGUAUGGAAUGAAUAUCUAAUAUUAUGCUUAAUGACUGUUUUUGUCCCAUCUAUUUAGGUACCUCUGUUCAUUUUUCACGUUAUUUUUGCUUCUAGGUUUUAUUUUUCCAAUAUAUAAUGAUCUCCCAAUUAUUAAUAAUUUACUUUGACUGAAUUUAAUUUUGUAUGUAAAAUGUCAAAGUUUUGGCUGAGAUAAAACAAUUGGCAUUAGAAAAAGUUAUUCGAUUCUCUCACCAAUCUUCCAAAGAAAAGUCAAACCUUUUCUUACCCCUCCCAAGCUCAUAAUUUCAAUACACUUCCUAAAUCCCUUAAAUAGAUAUAAGCACUUGACGAAUAUAUAAUCUAGGAAGUAAAAGACAGUCUUAUCUUUUAUAUCUGCUGCCACAUUGUCUAUGUAAAUAUGCCACUGGAUACUACACUUUCAGCCCAAGUCUGCAAAUUAACAAAUUAUCUGCAUACUGUCUGCCAUAAUAAAUAGAACAUUUGCAUUGA